ACCUUUCUUUUUUUUUAUUUAUAACGAUCGAAGAGUUGUCAGUUAAUAAUCUCAUUUAUUCUGAAGAUAAUUUAUCUGAUUCGCCGUGACGUUUGGUUUAAACAAUAUCGGCUCUUACAAUUACGGUGGGGCUGCACGAUCUAAACGAAUCUUCAAGUUACUCAGUGGGAAUAAUAUCCUCUGCACCUUUAAAAUUGCCUGUGGUGCAGUCUCCGCCCGCAUUGCCGUGGCAACAGUGAAUUUAGCUACAGAGAGUCUGCAAAGCUGUUCGGUGAAGCUCCCUCUGUCCAUUCCACACACUCACUGCCGGGCCGCUGAAUCUGUUGUUCCAACUUGAUGUUUUCAAACUUACUGAAAGAUCUUUUUGAACAAAGAGACGUCGAUUCUUUGUGCUCGGUCUGGGGUACUUGAAAGGAGGGUCUGCAGAGUGUUGAGCAGGCUGCGGGGGGAGUAGUUUAGUCUCCUUUGGACUUCCCUCGUCUUGCCAUAGGCUUCUCGGUGAAUGAGUGGGUGAUACGAGAAUCUUCCAGUCGUGCACAAUAGAGCGAGUGUGUGUGAGAGAGAGGGGAGGAGAUCUGCGCCUGUGAGCGAGUGAGUGAGUGCCUAGUGCUCUGGGGAUGCUUGGCUCUGUGGCCACUGCGUUUCUCCUCGCUGCUCCGGCGCCCAUCCCGUACGUUUUGUCCGAGCACUUACCCACGCUAUGGAGCUGCGCGUAUUCGUCAACGUAGCCGGAUCCUUUCCAAAAGCUAGGCGCUUUCCAGCCAAGGCAGUCUUGAGCGUCGUUCAUAUUUUGGCCAUCGCGGUUACAGCAAGCAGGACAGGUGUUAAGAACAAAUGCACUGCAGAGAAAGCAUACCGUUGCUCCGAAUGCCUCAUCCUUGGUCCUGAAUGUGGAUGGUGUUUUCAAAAGGGAUUUUCAGAUGAAUCACUGCAUAAGAGGUGUGACCUAAUCACCAACCUAAUUCAAAAAGGCUGCGAUCCAGAUUACAUUGAAUCUUUUGAAGUAAAAAAAAUAGUGGAAGAAGAAAAAAAUUUGCAGCUGACUCCUGGCAAAGUUACUUUACAACUACGACCAGGUGGGGAGACAAGUUUAAUAGUGGAUGUCCGUCAACUGAAAAACUAUCCAUUGGAUCUCUAUCAUUUGGUAGAUACGUCAGCAUCAAUGGUGACUAAUUUAGAAAGACUGCACUCCAUGGGAUAUUCCGUAUCACAAAAGAUGGCUAAAUAUUCCAGUGAUUUCAAGUUUGGGUUUGGAUCUUUUGUCGAUAAGCCAGUAUCUCCAUUUAUUAACAUUCACCCAGACAAGCUGAUUAAUCCAUGCAGUGUUUAUGAAACAUCCUGUCAUCCUGCUCAUGGAUUUUUGCACGUGUUAUCAUUGACCGAUAAUAUAACUGAAUUCAGGGAUGCAGUGGAGAAACAAACUAUCUCUGGAAAUGAGGACACACCUGAGGGGGGUUUGGACGCUUUGCUCCAAGUUGCAGUUUGUGAAAGCCAAAUAGGAUGGCGCAAGGAAGCAAAGCGUUUGCUACUGCUAAUAACUGAUCAGCUUUCACACUUGGCACUCGACAGCAGAUUGGGUGGUAUCGUCAUGCCUAAUGAUGGGAACUGCCACUUGAAAGACAAUAUGUACACUCAUUCAACUGUUAUGGAACAUCCGUCUCUGGGUUUACUUGUGGACAAACUUCUAGAAAAUAGCAUCCAUGUCAUUUUUGCAAUUCAGGGAUCAAGCAUCAAUUGGUACAAGGAUCUUCUCCCACUGAUGCCGGGUGCAGUUGCAAGGCAGCUAAAUUCAGAAUUGUCUAAUCUCUCUGAACUGGUGGCAGGUGCCUAUCAGGCACUGCUUUCGGAAGUAGAACUGCAGGUGGACAACCACAUCAAUGGGGUCUAUGUGAGGAUUGCUGCAAUAUGUCCUGAUGGGAGCACAAAUCCUGGCCAAAAUAAGUGCAGAAAUGUUAAAGCCGAUGAAACAGUUUCCUUUAAUGUGACCAUUGGAGUGACCGAGUGUUAUGAAGGCGACAAGUCGAUCAUUUUAAAACCUGUUGGAUACAAUGAAACAACUAUUAUUUCUCUCAGCAGCACGUGUGCUUGUCAGUGCAAAGGACCUAAAGCUCAUGUUGCUGGAAGAUGCUUUAAUAAAGAGAUUGACCUAGAUUGUAGACUUUGCCAGUGUGAAGACAGUGUUACCAAUUCUACUUGCAGGACAUUGUCCAAAGAACAAUGUCUCAUUGAAGGUUGCCAACAGUGCAAAGACCAGCCUGUUUGCAGUAAUCGAGGGAUCUGCAACUGUGGGAAUUGUUUAUGCUACCAAACGAAACUAGGUAGAGUGUAUGGAAAAUAUUGUGAACUGGAUGACUUUUCUUGUCCUUAUCACCAAGGGCAACUGUGUGCUGGUAAUGGUGAAUGUAAAGGAGGGGAAUGCCAAUGCUACUCGGGCUGGCAAGGUGAAAGCUGUAACUGUUCUUCAUCCCUGAUGUCCUGCAGGACAGGCCAGGGUCAGAUCUGCAGUGGAAGAGGGACCUGCGUCUGUGGCAGUUGUCAAUGCACUGAGUCCAGAGCGUCCGGCCCCUUGUGUGAGGUGUGCCCCACGUGUGAGAACUCCUGUGAAAAUAGCUGGAAAUGUGUACAGUGUCAUAUAUUAAACUACUGGACCGUGUAUCCUGCCAAUUGCAGCACCUUGUGUUCUCAAAUGGUGGUGGUGGACCACAUUUCAGAAUCUGAGGAAGAAAUAUCACAAUACUGUGUUUUUCAAGCCAAUGAUAAAUGGUUGUAUAAAUUUAAAAUGGUAGCAACUAACACUGAAAAAGAACUUCUUUACAUAUUGAAAAGUUCAGAAUAUUAUUCGAGACACAAGAUUCUUGCAACAUUUCUUGUCUUCUCUGCUGGUACAGUUAUCACAGGACUAAUCAUUGUGAUGGUGUUCAGGCAGAUAAUGAUGCACUGGAAUACAAACAAACCAACUCACCCUGGAAACAAUUGUAAAAUCUCUGCUCCACAAAAGGUAGAAUUAAUAGGUUAUAGAUUUAAAAGUAGCCAGAAAGUUUAACAUUUACAUUGUUUCUAGUAAUUCAUCAUGAUGGAAAUAUACUGACAUAGACUACUGAGGCUAAACAUGUAUUUUCCUUUUUCAUGGAAGAGUUAUUUUUCUGAUAGUUGGUUAAAUACUACAGCUUACAAGCAGGGUAAACCAGAAGACCUUCA